GACCAGAGGCCACUAUAUGCAUCUUAGACGACACUUAAUCCAUCCAUCCAAAGGGCCACCGAAAGAGAGAAUGGACGACAACAACGGAGGUGGUGGAGCAACCGAGUCAGGCUCAUGCUCUGAUUGGGCCGAGCUGACUCACGAGUGCCUCAUCAACAUCCUCUCGCGGCUCGCUCUGGAGGACCGAUGGAGCCGAGCCAUGCUCGUCUGCAAGUCCUGGCUCCGAGCUGCCCAGGACCCCUGCCUCAACUCGGCCUUCGACCUCGAGUCCUACUUCGACUCCACCGCCGAGUCACCUCGCUGGUGGACCCCCGAGUUCGAGCGACGAGUCGACGCCAUGCUCCGAUCCGCCGUCCACUGGAGUGAUGGCUCUCUCACCGAGAUUCGCGUCCGACACUGCUCCGAUCGGUCUCUCUCCUUCGCCGCCGCGAGGUGCCCGAAUCUUCAGGUUCUUUCCAUCAAGAGUAGCCCAAAUGUUACUGAUGAAUGCAUUGCCAAAGUUGCUUCUGGUUGUCCCAAGCUGAGGGAAAUCGAUAUCAGCUAUUGCUAUGAAAUAUCUCAUAAAUCACUGGCUGUGCUGGGGAAGAAUUGCCCCAACCUCAAGGUUCUGAAGAGGAACCUGAUGAAUUGGUUGGAUCCCUCUCAGCACAUAGGAAUUGUCCCCAUUGAAUAUCUGAAUGCCUGCCCCCAAGAUGGGGAGUUGGAGGCUGCUGCGAUUGGGAAGUUCAUGCCUGAUCUGUUGCAUCUAGAGCUUCGGUUCUCCAAGAUGUUGGCUAAAGCCCUUUUUUCUAUUUCCGAAGGGUGUGUCAACCUCGAGUAUUUAGAUCUGUUUGGGUGUGCAAAUGUGACUGGCCGAGAUAUUGCAAAUGCAUCGGCUAAUCUGAAGAACUUGCAGAACAUCAAGAAGCCUAAUUUCUACAUUCCCAGGUCAGACUUCCACACUGAGAGAUAUGGCCAUUGGAGCUUGUAUGAUGAGAGAUUUCAAACCGAUGUUUUCAGAAUUUGAUCAACGAAGAUGUUAACUUAAGCUUUGGUGAAUGAUAGUGAUUUCAUCACCCAGGUUAAAUUUUCAGCUUCAAUUUGUAUGUGCAACCAGUAUGAGGUUUGAUUUGCAAGAGCUACGACUGGCUGGCAUCUGUGGCUUAUGUACUGUGAAUUUGUGAUGUUUAUAUUCUUAUUUGGCCUUGGAACUAUGAUUUUUCAGCAGGAAUAUAAACAGAAAAUUGAAACCUAAUUGUCUAUUAUGGAGUAAUUCUUGAUUGAGGACUGAAAAGCUCCGCUAAACAUAUUCACAAGCUGAAGGAAAAAGCAUUCAUUUGGCUUCUGACGUAAACAAAGCUUGCGUUAAGAGCCUACGCUUGGGAAUUUGGUUGGUCAUUCGCCAUGAUUACACAAAUGUUUAAAGGUGCCUAAUGUUGUAAAACAAUGAUAUUUCAAAUGUUCAUAAAGUGCUUUUGUCCUA